UGUGCGACAAACCUCCGCAAUACACUAAGCUCGAAGAACAAUCAAGAUAAAGUCCUGUCUACAAACAUGUGGGAUGGGCCAGGGCAAGGACCAAGAGGAGGACCACCCUUUCGUGGUGAUCAUCGUGGAGAAACAUUUGGGGGCAGAGAUCGUCCCAUGCCUGAUUAUAGAAAUAGAGAAGGGAUGAAUAUGGGUCCAAUGGGUCAUAUGGGGCCGAGACCUCUAGAUGGACCACCUAUGGAUAUGAGGAGGAUGGAUGGUCCACCAAUGAGGGGGCGUGACAUGGACCCACGUGAUAUGCGUGGUAGAGAGCCGAACAGAGAUUUCUUAAGACCUGGAGAAGAGCCAGACUUCAGUCUCAGAAGACAGUAUGAAGUUUCCAUUAGAGAUAAAUUGAUGAAUUCAUCUGGUUUUCCGGGACCUGGCAGGAACUCUGGAGACAUGGGAGGGAGAGGAAUGCCACCACGGGAACCAAACAGCAGAUUUAUGGACACACGAGAUAGGGACACAUUUCAAUACGACAUGCCACGGUUCGGCAAUCCUAAUAUGGAUGGGAGAAGAGGGUUUCCCAUAGACCGAAUGGAGCGAAACGAUGGAUUUAGGGACAUGCGAGAUAGGCCCCCAAUGGGCAUUGGUGACACUGAUCGUUAUGAUAUGGACGUACCUCCACGUGAAAGAAGAAUAAUGGACAUUGACAGAAGGGGGGGACCACCUUUUAACCCCAGAGGAGGAUUUGACUCUGAUAUGGAUUUCAGAAAUCGUCCUGGACCACCAGCUGAAUUUAGAGGUAGGGAGCGCUCUCCCUUGAGGUUAGGAAACAGUGACGUCCCUCCAGUGGGCAGGGCGAGAUCGGAAAUGCCUCCCGCUGGGCCCCAACGAUCAGAGUUUAUGGGUGCAAAAGACCAACUAAGGGAGAGAGAUUAUCCAGAUGCAAGUAAUAGCCCCCUUAUGGAUUAUAGGAGUGGUGAAGAGAUGACUCUUGCAGAAGAAUGGAAGAACCGUCGAAAGGAUAAGAACCCUUUCUUAAACAUUAAUGAAGGAGUGGGAGGUGUAACUGAACCCAGUUUUCCUGGAGGUUUUGGCAGAGAUGUGAAUGUAAGAGAUCCACCACCAUUUCAAGAAAGGGAUAGGCCCUCUGCUGAUUUCCCUGGGAAAGAUGCUGGCUUUCCUCAUAGUGACCACUUUGCAGCUAUGAAUCUACCACCAAUUGGAGGCAAGGCUCCACAAGGCCGUCCACUCCCUGAAAUAAGUCCCCUUACUGGCCCUCUUGGUAGAGAAAAUGAGAGUAAACAUUGGCUUGGAGAAAGGGACCCAAAGCACAGUCAGACUAAAUCAAAUCGAGAUGAAAGGCCUCCAUACCAUCAAGAGAAGAAUCAACCCUCACAUGAGACUCAAGAGCCAAAUGAUUGUUUUAAAGGACUGAAAGAUAAUCAAGGACCUGCUAGGAGUAAGAUGGGGGCAGAACGUGAUUUCCAAAGCAGCAACCCUGUACAAACAAGAGAUCAAGACUACAGGGACAUUGAUUACAGAACAGGGUCUGGGAGAGGUUUUGAUUACAAACGCGAGGAGCUUCAAGCGCCAGAAAAAUUCAUCAAAGAAUCGAAACCAAUCACACCGUCAAAAUUUAGUGAGUCUGGUUCUCAGGAUCAAGAUUAUAGGAAUGCAGCAGUGGAGGACAAAGCUUCCAAUACAAUAUCCAUAAUUGGUAUUCCAAAGACUGCUACAAUGGAGCAGAUUCUUGGUGCCUUUACAGUCCGCGAUGGUGUGCCAAUGCAGGGGAUGAAAAUCAAAAAUGUUGUGCCAGGUUACAGCUACGAUACCGCCUAUGUGGAGUUUUUAAACCUCGAGGAUGCAGUCCACUUCAUGGAGUCCAACAAGGGAUCCCUAAAGGUUGGCACUAGAACCGUUUCCAUGAGGUACUUCCAGCCAGAUGAGCGUGAAAGAGACGUUCAUAAAUCAGAUCACAAAGUACCUCAACUUCAGGAGCCCCAGUUGCCCAGACCUGAUCAACCUCUAGAACAGUUGAAACCCAACCUGAAUGGAUCCAAACCAAAAGGCCCUAUGGAGCCAUUGUCCCACAGCCAGUGGCAGCGUAGCUCUGACCUGACUCCAGAGGCUUGGCAGCAGCAGGUGGACCAACAGCUCCAACAACAAGAAACCGAGCAGCAAGCAGAGUCUUGGGGCAACCGCAACCCUCAUCACAGUUCACACCAAUCUGACUCCGUCUUUAAAGACAGUAAAACCAUGAUAAUAAAAAAUGUGAAGCCGACCACCACAGUAGAGACUAUUCUAAAAGCCUUGGAUCCCUUUGCAUAUCUGGAUGAGAGAAAUGUCCGCCUAGUCAAGGCCAAGCCACCCGGAGCAAAGUGUUUUUGCUUUGUUGACAUGGACUCCCAUGAGCAAGUGACACGUCUGGUUGAGCUCCUCACUAAACCCAGACCCCUUUAUAUUGACGGAGUCAGAGUUUAUGCUGAGGUCGCAAAACCACUCAAGAAUCAAAAUUUCAGAAGAGAUUUGGAUAAACCAAACAGUUCUAUCCUUGGCUAUCCACCUGAGGCCAGCAUAAUGGGGCAGCAGCAGUAUGCACCACCACCUCCAUACUUGCAAGGUCUGCCACCACCCAACGGUGCCCCUCCUAUAAUGCAAGGUAAUUUGAUGAUUGGUAGCACUAAUUCAUCUCUGCCAUCAGACCCCAGCAUUAGCCAGGGAAUUGGCUAUGGUGAUACUCUGACUUUGGAUCCGUCAUAUCAGUCCGUUGGAACUCCCAUACCCCCAGACUCAACUGGGAUGUCAGUCAUUGCAGACGGAUCACAGGCCUUCAUGCUAGGCUCUGAGACUCCAGACGUGUCCAACUACCUGUAUGAUGCCACAUCAGGCUUCUACUACGAUCCUGAAACAACGCUGUACUACGACCCAAGCUCCAGAUACUUCUACAACGCUCAAACCCAAGAGUACUUGUACUGGGAUGCAGUGUCAAAGACCUACAUCCCAGUGCCAGGAGGGAACCCUGCAGAGACCCAGUCUCUUCCGAUGACUGCAGAAGACCAGGCCAUUCUUUCUAACCCAGCAGCAGAUGCUCCUCUGGAAAUGAAGAAACCAUCAAUGCCUCCGUACAACACUGAAACUACAGAACCAGUUCCUGCUUCUUCUGCCAGCUCUGCUCCAGAGUCUGUCCCGUGUGUUACAGGGAAUCCUGAAAAGAAAGAAGAUGAAGACGCUAGUAAAAAGGACAACAAGGAGGAGAAGCCAAGAAGUCUCGCUGCUGUUAAGAUCAUGAAAGAUAUGGAGCGCUGGGCAAAGAUCCAGAAUCGUCAAAAGGAAAGCAUCCGCUCCCCAUCACCAUUGCUGAAGACUGGAUUGGACGAUGACAGAAGGCAAUCUAAGUCAGCUGAUGCUGGUUUCACAAUUUUUGAGAGGAAGAUCUCAGGUGGAGAUGAUCUGUUUAAGAAGCCCCUUGCUCCUGCUAAGAAAGAUGAAAAGUCAAAGCGUCCAAUGGGCUCCCUGGGUCUACUGGCAUCAGACUAUGCAGCGGGAAGUGACGAAGAGGUAGAAGAGGAUAAGGAGGAUGCAGCAAAGGGCAGCCAGUCUGAAGACAAGGAAGACAAGCUGACAGAUUGGAAGAAGAUGGCUUGUCUGCUGUGUAGGAGACAGUUCCCCAACAAGGAUGCUCUGAUCCGCCACCAACAGCUUUCAGACCUGCACAAACAAAAUAUGGAGAUUCACCUUAAGAUCAAGAGGUCAAAGAAGGAGCUAGAGGCACUUGAGAAUCAGGAAAAAGAACUCAGUGCCAAAGAUGUUACCAGAUCACCAGAACAGAAAAGGAAAAAACACCAUCACCAACAACCACAGCAGCAUAAUACAUGGGCUGGAAGUUCCAGGGAGAUGAAUAAAGUUAGUGAGAGGCCUGGUUUAGGAGCAGAACCUGUCCCGAAGAGGAAGAAGAAAGAACCUGUCGUUUGGGACCACGCCACCUACAAACAAGCAGUGCGCAAGGCCAUGUUUGCACGGUUUAAAGAACUCGAGUGAUCUGAUCUGAACACAUCCUCACUUUAUGUGAGUUAAUCGGACAUGCUUUACCGCCUUGGCAUGAGGACUCCCUUUCACUGGCUUUAUGUUCUCUGCCUUGGACAUUAUUACACUUUGGAGUCGCAAUCUCUACACUGAAAUGAGGUGAAAUAUAAUGUGGACUAAAAGCCACAUUACAUGGCUACAGUGGAGCUACAAGUCAAAAACAGGAACUAUUUGAUGUCCUCAACGGCGGAUGUUGUAUAGAAAGUGUUCAUUCAUCAUGUUAAUUUGAAUAUUUUUUGCCUGUGUUUUAUGUGUGGCCUGUGUAGAAUUGUGAAAUGUCUUUUAGAAUUGAUACUGUCACACUGAACACGGUUAAAUUUUGUUUUAAAACUGAAAUAUUUUUUACACUUUCAUUUUGAAUUGAUAUUGUAUGUACACAUUUUUAAGUAAAAAAUGUGGU